CUAAAACCCAACUGCAGGAAGCUUAAAGACAACUGUGCCUCAAUUUCCAUAUAUGAUCAUCUGCUGGCAGACUUUAUCUCGUCCCAUCCUCCAAAUAUACGUCCAUACAGUUCUCCAAAUUUUACUCUCUGUUGCUCUCAACCGUUUAUUCGUUUACAUACGCGAACGAAAGUCCAGCCUUACCAUACUUGGGUUAAGCCGCUGGGAUGAACUCCACACCAGACUCUUGGUACUCUGCUCCUGAAGUGGUUCCGGAGGCAGGUUUGCAGUAUAUCGACGAGCAGGACCCAACACCACCCCAUCCUGAUGAUGGGUACAGCUCGAAGGUUCAUAAGAACCGUAUCUGUGGUCUGAAAGCACGGAGCUUUUGGAUCUUGUUCUCGAUAAUCACGGCUGUCGUGGUCAUAGGCGCAGCAGUCGGCGGUGGCAUUGGCGGGUCGAUGGCUGCCCGAUCUCAGAAGUCCAAGGACAGUUCUUCUACGACAACAGGCCAGCCAUCGAAUGAUACAGUCACCUCCGCCUCGUCAUCCUCUACCUCAAAUACGAACAACACUCCUACUCCAACCAGUUCAAAGCCAAUUACGGUCACGACCACGGAGGUAAUAGGUCCAUCUCAGACAUUAUCUCGAGACUGCCCAUCGUCAAACGGCACGUUAUAUGAUGUGACUCUAGGUCCACAGGUCUAUUCAUUUCGCAAGUUCUGCAACACGGUUCUUGUUACUAUCGGAGCCAACGUCGUCAGCACUCCUACAAAUGACUUGAACACUUGCAUCGACCGCUGCGCCGAGUAUGACUUCCACAACAACUCAACUGGCUGUAAUUCGGUUUGUUGGUGGAAUACCAUCGAUUCCCCAGGACCAGGUACAUGCUGGGGCUUUCCAACUCAGAACUCAUCAAGUGGAUUCCAAUUCGAGGUACAACCCAUAUGUGACUCGGCUGGGUGGAUAAAUAUGCUUUGAAUAAUUGUUUAAGCAAAGUAAGAAACUGAGCGAGUAGGACUUGACAACAAAUCAACCAUGCCGCCAUAACUAUGAGAUAUGGAAAAUCUAGAGGCAUGCACUUGUUUCGAUCAACAUGCAUGAUAUGAGGCGAGAAUGUGCGAAGAAUUAAUACUGCGAUGCAGUCAGAUGAUAGAGAAUAUCUUCAUUUCUGGGAAAUUGAUAAUUAGCGAGUAGUCGAGACGGGUUGAUAAUGCUUGUGGUUGUCGAUGAUAUAUCUGCCAAUGUUCUUGCUGACGAUCGAAUCCUUUUUCUUGCUUGUUGUGGAGUGAACCUUUCGCCGAUCGCAGAUCAAACCUUCCUCUCCGACUUUUCGGUGAUGUAGUGUAGUUGAGAUCCUUCUCUGUUCCAGAG